AUGCACUGCCGCCACACGUCCCGCCUCGACCCGACGCGGCCCCUCGCCGCCCACUCUCCGUCGUCGCCGUUGCCGUUGUCCAGAGCCAUGCGCGGGCGACAGCUCGAGCGCUCUGAAUCGUUUCCAGCCGGUCGGCGAUUCCAUCUCGGAGGUCUCGGACCGCGCGAGGAGGACCUCUGGAAUGUUAUCGAGCACGCGCGCGCGACCGUCGAGACGCUCUUUGAUGACGAGGCCAAUGGAGAGGCCAAUGGAGAGGACGAGGCAGCAGGAGCUGUUCAGCUGUCCAAGACGAACAGCGAACGUGGCCGCGCGUUUCGCGCGCGCCAGAGACAGUACGAAGACACGUUGGUCACGGAGGUCAAUGCGCUGCGGCGCACUGUCACGGAGCUCGGUCUGCUGUGCAGUGUGCGUGCCGACACGGCUUUGCGCAGACGCAAUAGCGUCGAUGGGUCGCUCGUGCGGCUGGCGAACGAGUACUUUGCGCUGUUUGAGCGUGGGAUGCCGUCGGUGCACCGUGUGGGUCAGAAGCGAUCGGCGUUGAGCACUGCGGGUGGAGGUGAGGGCGGCCACGUCGACGACGCGCUCUCGCGUGAGUCGUUUGCAAGGAAGCAGCAGGCGUUCUUGGAGAGCGCGAUGGACCCGGACUUGCAGUUUGGCGGCGCAAGUGGACUGGACGUGCUGUUGGACCAGUGGCAGAAGUACACGAGCUACCACUCGCGUAUUUAUGUUGAAGUUGUCAGCGUCCAAGUGGUGGGAGCUGAAGACAGCCCGAUUGUGACGGUGCGGUCCAAGCUGCACGUGGUACUCUCGCGUGCUACGUUUGACCGCAUUUUUCCGCAUGUAGCGGACAAUGAGGACCUUGUCCGCAAGUUCAUCGGCCGCGAAGUCGUCUACCAUGGCGUCAACCACUUUCAGUUCUCGCCACAAGGACAGAUCUCGAUUUAUGACUCCGACGUGGGCUUUGUGGACGCUUUCGUGCACGCUGGAGCCAGUGUCUCGGACAUUGUGUUGCUCAUGCAGCAUGCCCGAAUUGCAGACGAGUGUCGACUGAAGGACGAAGACGAGAUGAGCAGCCGAGACGACACGAGUGACUGUGCGACGGAUGUGGACAGCAAGGAUGACGCUGUCCCAGGGACCAAGAUUGAGGGCGACACGUCGGACGCUGAAGACGCGAGUCCGUCGGACCGCUUUGCCAUCGACUUUAUUUUGUCGUAG